AUGACUGCCAUAUAUGCUCAUAAUGAUUUGACACUGAGGAAGAGUCUUUGGAAGGACUUGGAAGACAUACAUAAGAAUCAACAAGGGCCUUGGUGUGUUGUUGGUGACUUUAACAAUGUGGCUUCUAGUCAGGAUAGGAUAGGAGGGAAUCUUGUUACUGAAGCGGAAUAUGAGGAUUUCCAAGCUAUGAUGGACACAACUGGGCAGGGGAAAUGGACAGUACAGGUGAAUUUUUUACUUGGACCAAUAAGCAGUCAAGCUGUGCUUACCAUACUUCCUCCUCAUGUUUCUGAUCAUGCAGUUUUAUACCUGGCUACUCCUGGUGAAACUUGUGGUUGGAGGCAGUUUAGAUUCAACAAUUGCUUGGUGAAUGUUGUGGGAUACCUGGAAUGUGUGGAAAGGAACUGGGCUCAACCUACUAGAGGAACUCCUAUGCAGAAAGUAUGGUUUAAACAGAAGAGGCUGAAACCUGAUUUGUUGAAGUUGUAG